GGCCUUGGUGCUCUUGCGCGCAGCAGCAACGCCGCGCCGCGGCCCCGACCAGGAAGUGAAUGUGAAGAAAAUAAGCAACUGUGGAGGUAGAAUGACAUAGAGGGGGAGAGGUGGGAGAGAAACGAGCGGAGAAAGAAGAGACUAUCGGAGGGAGGGAUCGACCCUGUGUCUUUGGACCUGUACAUUCAGCUGCUUCUGCUUCCUCUCUGGGAUUCACUGACUUCACCGCCAAAAAAUGCUUAUAAAGGAAUUUCGAGUGAUUCUUCCUAUCUCUGUGGAAGAGUACCAGGUGGGCCAGCUCUACUCCGUGGCUGAGGCCAGUAAGAAUGAGACCGGCGGAGGAGAAGGAGUGGAGGUGCUAAAAAAUGAGCCCUAUGAGAAAGAUGGAGAGAAGGGACAGUACACACACAAAAUCUACCAUUUGCAGAGUAAAGUGCCGUCAUUCGUCAGAAUGUUGGCUCCUUCUUCAGCUCUGAACAUCCACGAGAAGGCCUGGAAUGCAUACCCAUACUGUCGCACAGUUAUCACUAACGAGUAUAUGAAAGAUAACUUCCUGAUCAAGAUCGAGACAUGGCACAAACCUGACACGGGACACCUUGAAAAUGUACACGGUUUGGAUGCAGAAACCUGGAAGAAGGUGGAUGUAGUCUAUAUUGAUAUUGCAGACAGAAGCCAAGUGGAUUCGAAGGACUACAAGCCAGAGGAGGAUCCCUGCAGGUACAAGUCAGUGAAGACAGGACGAGGCCCUCUAGGACCAGACUGGAAGAAGGAACUUCCAAACAAGAAAGACUGCCCACACAUGUGUGCCUACAAACUGGUCACCGUUAAAUUCAAGUGGUGGGGCCUGCAAAAUAAAGUGGAGAACUUCAUUCAAAAGCAAGAGAAGCGUUUGUUCACUAACUUCCACCGUCAGCUGUUCUGCUGGAUCGACAAGUGGAUUGACUUGAACAUGGAGGACAUUCGUCGCAUGGAGGAGGAGACGCGCAAGGAGCUAGAUGAGAUGAGAGUGAAGGACCCAGUUAAAGGGAUGGUGGCUCUAGAGGACUGAGGUUGUGUUGGACCGUGAAUGCUGCUGCUCAUCAG